AGGAGGUCCCGGUCUGGAGUGGAAUUCCUGCCCACAUCGCGGCUCCGUGACGCACGACGCGCAGACGGAUGUGGACCUGGACCUGGAUGUGGACCUGGACCUGGAUCUGGAUCUGGAUUAACGCAUCAGGCCGAUGAGCGGGUUUACCGACACCGACUCCGGACCACACAGCCUGGUUCUGACCCAGAAGGACCCAGCUGGACCCCAGCAGGACCGGGACCCGCUCCAGUGGACUACUUUCGGGUCUGGGGGGUUUGUUUGGGACUAAACCGGCUCCUGGUUCGGGCUCCACGGCGGAAAUGAGCCCAGCGGUUCGGACCCGGACUCCUCUGGGUCCCGGGUCGGUCUGAGUCUGUGUGGGACCGGGUUCUGACGGACCGGGGGUCUGGACCGGGUCGGGGACAUGUUCUCCGGACUCAUGGGGCUGGAGGGUCCGAGGAUCCGGAUCGAACCCAAAGAAGGUGUCAGAGCGUCGUUGUCUGGGGCGUCCAGCGGCAGAAAGAGGCUCCACCGUAGACCAGGAUACAUGAGGGGGGAACCGUGGAGAACCCAGAGCAGCCCGCAUGGACGGGGGGAGGAGGAGGAUGACGAUGAAGGGGGAGGGGCUUGUAUCAGAAACGGGAAGUCUGGACGCCACUCGAACGUGACGGAGAACCAGUCGAUGCCCCCAACCUGCAGCUCAUGGACUCCGCCUCAUUCUCCUGUGAACUUCAGCGCCGUUAACGGUGCGAUGACCAAUCAGACUGAACUCAGGUUAAGCCCCGCCCCCCAGUCGGCCGACCCUGGCGCCGCCUUCAGCUCCAGCUUCAGUUUCAUCCGACAGUCGCUGAUUGGUAUCCAAACGGCAGCAACAGAGACACCCAGCCAGGCGACCAAAACGCCCCACACAACACCAUCGGCCGCCAAGAGCCCCGCCCCCACCCAGACUCCGCCCUGGUCCAUCAGGGAGGAGCCUCUGCCGGGGGGCAGGUUUUGGCGGGAGUGUCUGUGGGGCGGGGCCACCUUGCCGGACUGCGACUCGCGGUCUGAGGACGCCGAGCUGACGUCGUCACUGUCGGUGGAUUCUGACUCCGCCUCCUCUGUCACCUCCGGUUACGAGAGCGCUACACCCGCCUCCGACCACGGCUGGGAAAACCUGCUGAAGAAGUACGACGGCGUCCUGCAGGACUGUCUCCAUAACAACCGCACUCACACCAAGAUCGAGUGGAUGAUGUUGAAGCUGCAGAGGCUCCAGCAGAAGGCUGUCCUGGAUGACGACUACGAUGCAGCCGAACGCUUUGGGAAGAAGCUGGAGGAGUUGUGUGUGGAGCGUGGAGCUCUGAGGCUGGGUCUACCCUCCACCCAGCCCAGCGUGGCCCAGUUCCUGCAGCGCCUCCUACAGGUGGUGCACGGCGCCCUCCAGAGGACGGACUGCACCCUGCACAGAGACGUUCCUGGUCCAGAUCCUGAAGCAGGUGAUUCAUGUCGCAGAGAUCGACUGAUCCACGAGAAACAAAUGGUCGAGGUGCAGAUCGCUGAGCUGCAGCAGACGCUGGCGGAGCUGACGGACCGCGGUCGGCGUCUGGAUCAGGAGAUCCAGAGGGAGGAGCAGCGGGUGGAGGCCGAGGAGCUGGAGGCGUCUGUGCUGAAGACCUGCACCCCGGACCAGCUCCGAGACCUGAGCCGGACCCUGCGGGACCUGGUCACCUCCGAGAACCGGACCCAGAUCAGCGUGGCUCCUCCGGCCUCCACCGUCAGACUCCAGGAACAAGAACAGGCUUUGAAUCUGUCCAUAAAGGAGGCCACGGCCAAAGUGGUCAUGAGUCAGAGGCUCGGCAGCAGCCUCCGAAGGAAAGUCAGUGAAACCGAAACUCAGCUGCUGGCGCUGCAUGAGGCCAAGCUGGCGGCCAUUUCAGGUAACGACUUCAGCAGUGCCAAGGCGCUGAAGGCGGAGCUGAAGGCGGUGUAUGUGGAGCGGGACCGUCUGGAGGCGUUGGCCAAGAGGCUCCACAGUCUGAGCGCCGGCAGCAGCGGCGACCUGGUGUCCAUGAAGGAACAGCGGCGGCAGCUGAGGCACGAGCUGGACCACAGGACCCGGCAGCACGAAAACAGACUGAAAGAAAACACGACCAAGUACAUCGAACUACUGGAGGACAGAUUACACAGUUAUGGGUGUCCUGGUCUGGUCCGGAUCUGGGAGGCGGACCUGGAGGCGUGUCACCUGUUCUUACGAGGCCUUCAACUGAGGACGCCGAGCUGCAGCGUUGUCGAUGACGUGGACGACCUCCAUAUGGCGGCGGCGGCGGUGGACACCACUCAGCCGUGCACCAAAGACGAGGAGGAGGACUGUGCCAUGCUGACGGCCUUGGGGGCGUGGUGUCCUGAGGCCAACCUCCAAAACUCAGAGUUCACCAAGAAACUGGAGGAGUUUUUGUUCUGCAUGGAGGACACUCAUCCAGAGGACGUGUGCAGUGAUGCCGACGCCACCGCCGCCAACCUGACGGAGCAGUGCGAGCUGAUCAGCGACCGCCUCAUGACCUUGGAGGAUGAGUUACAGACGGCGAUGCAGAACCGGGACCAGACCCUGGCCCAGUCACUAGAAAAGGAGGUUCAGGAAGUCAAAGCCACUCUGCAAACCAUGAUGGAGCAGCUCCGAGAGGAAGAGGAGGACGGAGAGGACGAAGAAAAGCUGCAAGAAGACGACCUCAUGACUAACGGCGUCAAGGAGGAAGAAGAGGAAGAGGAGGAGGAGGAAGAGGAGGACCAGUACUUCAGUGACAGCUGGGACAUAUGAGCAGGUUUUAAGGACUUUUACUGUAAAGACUCACAACAGAUCAGGUUCCACAUACGGACAAAUAUGAGCUAAAGUAAAAUAAUAACAGUGAAAAAGUGAAAAUACAGCAUGAAAAUGUUCACAUCUACAAACUGUCCUUUAAAAAAUAUGAACAACCUGAAAUUUAUCUGGAAAAAUAAGUGCAAUUGUACCAAUAUUCUGCCUCAGUUUAUCAUUUCCACAUGUUCAUUCUAAUGUACAGAUACAGUGCAUCUACAAAUACACCCAUUUAAUAAGAGACUGAAUGUUGGUACAAAUACACUGAUUUAUAUUAAGACAUUCCAACUUAUUCAUAUUUCUUUGUGAAAGGAUUGUAUAGAAAUGCAAACAUUUUCAUCUCAUCUUACUUUUUCACACUAAAACAAACACAAACAUUUGUAUUUGUUAUUAUUUAUUGGUUAUUAUAUUAUUAUUUUACUGGUCUGAUCCACUUUAGAUCAUAGUGGCCAGAUUGGACCCCUUUGGCGACGAUGGUUCAGACUGAAGGUUCUGGGUUUUAUCCCUCUAGUCUUUGGGUGAACAGUGUAAGGUUAUGAUCAGAGAAAAAAAUAAAAAACGACAGACAGAAGCUAACCUCAGACAUGUGGAUAAUGACAACUGCAGGAAUUAGUCUGAUCCCAACAUUAUAUCUUGAUGGUUCACUCUCAGACCAAUAACUAUCAGAUUUAUCAACAGGCCAAUAUCGGACACUGUCUAUUGAAGGGAGACAUAUGUAGAUGAUGACAACUGCAGGAAUUAGUCUGAUCCCAACAUUAUACCUUGAAGGUCAUCUCUAGGUGUUUCACUCUCAGACCAACAACUAUCAGAUUAUCAACAGGCCGACAUUGGAUACUGUCUAUUAAACGGCGACACAUGUAGACAACUGCAGGAAUUAGUCUGAUCCACAAACAUUUGCUCUGCUGGUUUUUCUUUCCGUCAUCCAGUGUCAGGAAGUUCUUUCCCUUCAUUCUUUUGUGGAUUUGUAGAACCACCACAGAUGUUUGAGACCAGUUUGGACCUGAAAGACGAUUUUGGAUCAGACUAAUAUGUGGCCUUUAUCACCGUCAGCGUGUAACUCUUCAAUCCUCAGUUUGAGUUUCUUCUUUUUUUACCCAGUGAUACUUUUACACAUUUGGUCCAAAGGAUUAUUUCACAUUUCAGUUGAAUCCAACUGUUUAGUUUGAUCCAGAUGUUAGUCAGUGUUCAUGUGUCCUUAACCCUUUAACUGCCAGCUCAACCAUAUGGUUGAGUUACUCAUCAGGUUCCUUAUCAGGUUCCUCUUAGUCUGGUAGUUAAAGGGUUAAAGUGCAUUUCUGUUCCAUUUCUUGUUUAUCUAGAGGUGGUGAGCGGUAACUGCAGGUGUGUGUGUUUUGUCAUUAGUCACUCAUCAGCUGAUCCUGUUGUAUUUACAUCGUUUCUGGUGAUGAUUUUCCUGCAGACACGGUCAUGAAACAGGAAAUCUAAGGGACUCUGAUCUAAUAUCACCAGCAACAGAACAACGUAAACAUCUAUUUAAGUCUGUUUCAUCCAUUUAAAAACUGAAUCAUGUUAAAAUGAGGUGAAUAUUAUCGACAGGACAACGUCAGAUACAGUUGUCUAUUAAAGGGAGACAGACGGUGACGACUGCAAGAAUUAGUCUGAUCCCACGUUACACCUUGAGGGUCAUCUUUGUGGAAUUAUGAAGGAUUUGGAUAAAACGUUCAGUAAAAGACACUUUAAUGGACGUUUUCUGGAUAAAUGAAGUGAGGACAGACACAAACCGAAGUUUUUUUCUCUUGUUUUUUUUGUUUUUACGUCUGACUUGAUGUGAUUUUGUUGAAAACAUUUGUCACAUAUUCCUUACUUACGGAGUAUUUAUCAUUUUACUGAUUUACAGCUUUAGAAAUAUUUCUGGCUCCACUGUGAUGAAAAUACUUGACAUUUGUCAAAAAAUGUGACACAAAUGUUUUACUGUGUUUAGAAAUCUGGCAAAAGACGCAUGAAAUGUUUGAUUUACAGACGAAUAAAGAAAUAAUCUGUUUUUAAAUGAACAAAUAAUACAGUUAUCACAAAAACAAGUGACAUCUAAAUGAAGAACAUGUGAAAAAUGUGGAGUUAAUAUUGAACAGAAUCUGAGAAACUCACACUGAACACAUUCUAUGUAACGUCACAGUCUGUUUCUAAAGCUGCAUCUAUUGAUAAACUGUUGAUUUCAGUAUUAAUGGGUUUGAAGCGUUGGACCAAUCGUUUACUGGGAAAACAAGCACAUAAUGAAGUA